AUGUCUGUAGAAUUCAUAGUCAGUGAUACGAAAUUGUUAAAAUCGAUAAAGGUCAAGUUAGAGAAUCAAGGCCUUUUCGUUAAACCCAUUUAUUCCGAUAAUAAUGCAAAAGUCAUUAAAUCUUCUAUCAGUGAUCCAAAUCAUCCAUUAGUAAUCGAAAUUGGCAAUGUAGCAGGUGUCGAAGCUCGGGUUUGUGGAGACGAUAACUUUGAACAUAACGCAGGGAAUUUAGGACACAGUAGCAACAUAAAUAGCAUGAUGGAAUUUACAAAAGGUUUCUUAAGAAAUCGCAUUAAGGAUGAUGAAGUUUUUUUAUCUUGUCUACUAGAUCAUCUACCCUUGAAAUACACCAUAUACCCGCCAAUGGUUCUGUUCAAUAAUUCUACUGUAAGGUCAUUCAAUCAUCCAGUCUGGCAAGAAGCAUUCCAAAAAGAAUAUGUUGAUUCAAAUGAGUUCUAUAGCAAGCUAUUAUGUUUCUUAUCGCCUAAAAAUCCUCACGAUAAUGCGGAUUCCCAUUUUAAAGAUCGAUUUUUGACCCACUUGGCUAUAAAUAAUCCUAUCAUUGAGACAGAUAUACUGCGGAGGCCAUUCAAUAUCCAACCGCUAUAUGGGGAACUAAUAGAUAAAGAUGCUCUUAAUGAUGAUGACGAUACACUAUGGGAAAAUCCUAGCCAAGAACAAUUGGGCUCAAGUAUAUGGUGUAAAGUUAUACAAAACGGUAUAACCCAAAUUUGGUCACCAGUUUUCACCAUGUUUAGUAGAGGGAAUAUCAAGGAAAAGAAAAGAAUUCUCGCCACUUUUCCGGAUAUUUCCAAUAACGAUGUGGUUGAUUUAUAUGCGGGUAUAGGUUAUUUCACUUUUAGUUACUUGACAAAGGGUGCCAGGGCCCUUUUUGCGUUUGAAUUGAACCCUUGGAGUGUAGAAGGGUUAAAGCGCGGAUUAAAGGCAAAUGGAUUCCACAAGAGUGGAAACUGUCAUGUUUAUCAAGAGUCUAAUGAAAUGUGUAUUCAAAGGAUAUCUGAAUUUCAAGCUCAGCAUCCAGAUUUUGAGUUACGUAUUAGACAUAUUAAUCUGGGUCUCUUGCCCUCUAGUAGACAAGGGUGGCCAUUAGCGCUUAAGUUGAUUCAUUUACAGGGAGCUUCCUCGACCACAGUGACGAUGCAUAUACAUGAAAAUGUACAUAUAAAUGCCAUUAGAGAUGGAAGCUUUGAAAGCAACACCAUAGCAGAGCUUGAAAGUUUUAAUGAAUCAAUUUCAUCGAAUGAAAACUCUGAUAUAAAACUCCACUUUGUAAAUUCUAAGCUUGAGCGGAUAAAGACUUUUGCACCAGAUGUUUGGCAUAUAUGCUUUGAUGUUGAUAUUCUGGUGAGUACAUAA